AGAGGAGGUUAGGCUAUUUUUCAAUCAUUUCUGUUCAGAAACGAAACCGGAGCCCGAAAGGAAGUAACAAACACAAUGAAAGCGUCCUAUUUUGUAAUAGUUUUAUUGCUUUUUUCCGACGUAAUAUUAACGUCGGGUUUUAUUGAUGUCUUUGUAGGUGUUACCGCGUAUAUCUACACAAUGUUUGAAGGGGAUAAUUUAAUCCCUUUUGUUCCUGCAAGUUUCGAGAAAGAUUUAAAUGACAAUCUCUACGGGCAGCACAUCGUAUCGAAAGUUGUACUGAAAGCUGUAUCAUCAUUUAUGACCGACAGUAAUCCAAACAAACCGCUCGUGCUCUCUUUCCACGGGACAACAGGAGUGGGGAAAAACCACGUGGCUAAAAUAAUCGCAAACAACAUUUACGAGAAAGGAGAUCAGAGCGACCAUUAUAUCACUUUUAUAACAGAGUUCCAUUUCCCACACAAAGACAAGGUUGACAUGUACAGUGCACAACUAAAGCAAUGGAUUCAUGGAAAUGUAUCCAGUUUUCCUCGGUCCAUGUUUGUAUUUGAUGAAAUGGACAAGAUUAAUCCACGUCUGCUUGACACCAUAAAGCCUUUUCUAGACUACACGGCCCGUGUAGAUGGCGUAUCCUUCCGUAAAGCAAUCUUCAUUUUUCUCAGCAAUGCAGGUGGAAAUGUGAUCGCCAAUUUAGCCCUGGAUUUCUGGAAAGAGGGUAAAGACAGAGAAGAAAUACAGAUGAACAGCAAGGGAAUGGAGAAACAAAUCUUUCAAACCAUCUUCAAUGAUAAGAAUAGUGGAUUUUGGCACUCAAGCAUCAUAGAUCAUCACCUUGUGGAUCACUUUAUACCUUUCCUGCCUCUGGAACUAAAGCAUGUACGUCAGUGUGUCCUGGCUGAAAUGGCCAGUCUGAACAUCCCUGUUGAUCAUGAUCUGGCAGAGACGGUAGUCAGAGAGAUACCCUUCUCCGGAGAGGAGAACAUUUUCUCUGUUAAAGGCUGCAAGACAGUCAGACAGAAGUUGAUGCUGAACAUUGGUUAAUAAAUGAAAAAGAUGUGCCAGCCAGUAGAAGAAACCCUGAUAAAUGCUUUUAUUCAUCAGGAUUACUGUGAUUGUGUGUGAUAAAAGAUAAUGAUGUGAUAAUCUGCAUAUGCAUAUCUAUGGAUUGUUACAGAUCAUUGGAUGACAGUGGAGUUUGACUUAAACUGCUUUUUUACAUUUGCUUUUUAAAUUAUUUAUCUUUUUGUACCUCUUGAGUUAAAGCUUGAAUCCCAUGCAAGAAAAAAUGGUCUUGCCUUUUCAGCUUUGGGUUUUAUAUUUCUCACCUGUUCAAUAAAAAUAUAUAUUAUUUUAUUUAUUUCAAAGCAUUGAACUUGCUUUGUCUGUCUCUGCUUAUCCAAAUUUGUUCAAACAAACUUGAGACUUUGUAUCCAG